UACCAUAGAAAAGCGUAAAGCUUGACAAACGACGGUCAUCUUGUACUGUUCGAGUCGGGCAUUGUCAACAUGGACAAUAUUCGCCAGUGGAACUCCGUUUUCCUUUUUAUAACUCUUCAAAUUUUCAUUGCAAAUUUGGUGCAAGGCCAGGAUGAAGAUUCGUACCACCGUGUGUUUGGGGCGCCCGGGUCGCCGGUUCGUUUAUCGGGCUCUGACCCGGGUUUGCAAAAUGUGGUCAAGUUUGCAGAAGGACGUUAUAACAUGGGAUCAAAUGGACUGUAUCUGCGCAGAGUUAACAAAAUCAUAUCUGCCAGUAAACAGGUGGUGAAGGGGAUCAGGUACAGCAUUGUGGCCGAACUAGGGAACACUUUGUGUAAGAAGUCUGCUGUUUUGGCCGACCCUGCGGUCUGCGAGUUCCAUACGGACCCCAACAAGCUGAAGAUGGAGGUGUGUGUGUUUGAGAUCUGGGACAUCCCAUGGCAGAGCAAGUUCACUGUCCUCAAACAGAAGUGCCAGCCAGCAGUGGCUCCCAAGGAGACAAACAAAGUUGAGGAACAGCCUCUUGUGCUCACUAAAAUUGACAAGGAGUCCAUGGAGCUACUCUCUGAGUUUAAGGAGUUUAUGUUCAAGUACAACCGCACUUACAGCAACCAGGAGGAGGCAGACAAGCGUCUGCGUAUCUUCCAGCAGAACCUGAGGACUGCACAGACCCUGCAGGCUCUUGACAAGGGGUCGGCCGAGUACGGCGUCACCAAGUUCAGUGACCUCACAGAGGAGGAGUUCCGCACAAUUUAUCUGAACCCCCUACUAAGCCAGAGGAAUCUCCAUCGCCCCCUGAAGCCAGCGGCCACUGCCCACAGCCCUGCCCCUCCCAGGUGGGAUUGGAGAGAGCAUGGAGCAGUCGGUCCAGUCAAGAACCAGGGCAUGUGUGGGUCAUGCUGGGCGUUCUCAGUCACGGGGAACAUUGAGGGCCAGUGGUUUCUGAAGAGGGGCAAGCUGCUGUCUCUCUCUGAGCAGGAGCUGGUGGACUGCGAUCGGCUGGACCAAGCGUGUGGAGGGGGCUUGCCAUCCAAUGCCUACGAAGCCAUCAAGAACCUUGGUGGGCUCGAGACUGAGACUGAUUACAGCUACACAGGGCACAAGCAGAACUGCGACUUCUCCACUAGGAAGGUGGCAGCCUACAUCAACAGCUCCGUGGAGCUGUCCAAGGAUGAGAACGAGAUUGCUGCCUGGCUGGCAGAGAAUGGGCCUGUGUCUGUUGCUCUCAAUGCCUUUGCCAUGCAGUUCUACAGAAGAGGGGUGUCCCAUCCUUUGAAGAUCUUCUGUAACCCCUGGAUGAUUGACCAUGCAGUGCUGCUCGUGGGAUAUGGACACCGUGACGGGAUCCCAUUCUGGGCCAUUAAGAACAGCUGGGGUGAAGACUACGGGGAGGAGGGGUACUACUACCUAUACAGAAGCUCCAGGUUGUGCGGGAUUAACAGGAUGUGCUCCUCUGCUGUGGUGAGCUGAGCAGCCGCGUUAUGUGGGAGGGGGUGCAGUUCUGCUUGCCAGCACCACCGGAGGGAGCGAUCGGGCUCAGAUGCACCAACAGAGCAGCUGGCCAGUAAAAUGUCUCCCUGUGCAAUUCAAGACCACCAACCACCAAGCUGCAAGUACCUGUCUCCUUCCAAUAGAAUCAGGAAACUGAUGUGGAAGGGGGCUGUUAAAAAACAACCAAUGAUUAUUCAACGGGAAAAAGAGCACAUGAAAUAGAUUUAUUUUCGAAGACUGGCUAAAAAGGGAUUGGAUUUUAAAUGGUUUAAUAAUGCAUUGGCUAGUUGCAAUGUCACCUUUUUAGAAUUAGUAUAUUCGGAGGGAAAGGGGGUAUUUAAUCCUAAAAUUCAUUUAGUCUUACAAUGAUUUUCACCUUUUAACACAGUAGAGUACAGCCAUUUUAAUGUCCUUUUACUCUAGGCAUAGUACAGUUAAUGCCUUUAUAUCACUCAAUCCUUUUCCAAGAUAAGAUCAUGUAUUGUGCUGUUGUGCUGUGCAAUAUCGUGUAAUGGCAAGCCAUUUCCAUAACAUCCUAUUACUGAAUAGGUCACUUUUAAGUUUGUGGGGGGAGAUAAAUAGAGAUUUAUAGGAUUGAUGAAAGUAAGGUUUAAAACUAAAUACGAGUCUUGUUGAUGGAGAAAGCAGACUGCAACUGUUAGCUUUUCAGUGAAAUCCACUGGAAUAAAAGCCUUUUAGUCUCCC